GAGACGACCAGUCAUCUUGCGGGCACGAAACACGCGGUCCACAGCAUCCAACGUCCAUUAUUCUGCAACAGCUGGACAUACAUUGUCGUGGUUUUCACCCGCACCCCCCCCGUGGUAAGCGAUCUCUCGACAACAAUCCGUUUUCGGCCACGUUCGUCGUCGAUAUCAUAGUAUUAUAUUUUUAAAGGACUGAAUACCCAUACAAGAAAAUGUCGGAAGACGCAUUCAUCGUAUCGCCCACCAGAAAACACACGGGCACCAUCAUAUUCUUGCAUGGACUCGGCGAAAAUGGAGAAAACUGGAAGCACUUGCUUUCCAAAAUGGUCAAGCCCAACAUCAAAGUGGUCUGCCUUAACGCGAAGAAAAUUCCACUCACGCUGAAUAAGGGUUUCCCGACGGCUGCGUGGUUUGACCUGGCGUCGCUGGACGAGAACAAGUUGGAAGACGAGUCGACCAUCAUGCGGGCCGUGGACAAGCUGCACGACAUCAUAGACGAGGAGAUCGCUUCAUCCAAAGUGUCGUCCACCAAGACCAUGUUGGCAGGUUUCUCUCAAGGUGGUGCCCUGGCAAUGUAUGCCGCACUCACCUACCACAAACGGCUAGCCGCCGUGAUGGUCAUGUCCAGCUGGCCGGUGCUCCGGCAUACCAUGCCUGAUGCGGCCAUCAACAACACCAACACACCGAUGUUGCAGUGCCACGGGACCGAAGAUCCGGUCAUUUUCUACAAAUGGGGAUUGAUUUUGUCCGAAGCCCUCAAGGAGAUGAACCCCAACAAGUACGAGUUUAAGUCAUACGAAGGUUUGAUGCACGCCGUCAACGAACAGGAGUUAGAAGAUGUCAAAAAUUUCAUCAACAAAAUAUUCCCGUGACCGAAUGAAUAUAAUCAAGCAGGAAAAUUGAUGUAGAAUGAAUUUAUAGUUCAAAAACGUCUGCGUACAUACAAAUUUAUGUUAGUUGUACAUUUUUCAUUAUUUAUUAUGUUUAAGAGUACGAUUUUUGUGCUCGUAUAUUAUUAUGUUGUGCUAUUUUAUUAGCAUUAACGUUUUGACUAGGCAUCCAUGCAAUUGUAUUUAAUAUGUUUCAGUGACAAAAUAUCAAUAAAAAUGUGAAAUACAAAAA